AUACCACCGCAGACCAGUGUGAGUGAGAGAGAGAGAUUUGUAUUGGCUUGGAAGACGGGAGGGAGAAAACUAUGCUUCACUUUUUGCUCUCUUUUUUCUCUUUUUGGCGCCUCUGCCUAGGCUUUUAGCAGCGCUUUCCACGAAGCCCACCACCUCCACCACCACCUCCACCGCCUUCUCUCACGUCACGCGUUCGAUUCUCUCUCUCUCUCUCUCUCUCUCUCUCUCUUGAUAUAGAUAUAUAAAUUAAUAUCACUAUUUGAUAUUCCAAUUUCAAACUCGCUAUUGUUCUCCAAUGGCUUCUCAGCAACAGUUAUUGGCGAUAAAGGGCGCGAAGGUGCUUAUGGUCGGGGCGGGUGGUAUCGGCUGCGAGCUUCUCAAGACUCUUGCGCUCUCUGGUUUCCAAGACAUCCAUAUUAUUGACAUGGACACCAUAGAAGUCAGCAACCUCAACAGACAAUUUUUAUUCCGACAAUUACAUGUUGGGCAGUCCAAGGCCAAAGUUGCCCGGGAUGCUGUUUUAAAAUUUAAGCCUCACAUAAACAUUACGCCGUACCAUGCAAAUGUCAAGGAUCCUGAAUUUCAUGUAGACUUCUUCAAGCAAUUUAAAGUUGUUCUGAACGGACUUGACAACUUAGAUGCAAGACGACAUGUGAAUCGCCUAUGCUUGGCAGCUGAAGUUCCUUUAGUUGAAAGUGGGACAACUGGUUUUCUCGGGCAGGUAACCGUACAUGUGAAGGGAAGAACUGAGUGCUAUGAGUGUCAGCCAAAACCUGCUCCAAAAACGUAUCCUGUCUGUACUAUUACUAGUACUCCAUCAAAGUUUGUUCACUGUAUUGUAUGGGCAAAGGACCUACUAUUCGCAAAGUUUUUUGGAGACAAGAAUCAGGAGAAUGAUUUAAAUGUGCGUUCAAAUGAUGCUGCUAGCUCAUCAGAACACACAGAAGAUGUAUUUGAACGUAGAAAAGAUGAAGACAUUGAACAGUAUGGAAGGAGAAUAUAUGAUCAUGUGUUUGGUUGUAACAUUGAAGCAGCUUUAUCUAAUGAAGAGACGUGGAAAAACAGUAGCAGACCAAAACCUAUAUAUAGUAGGGAUGUCCUGCCUGAAGGACUGGCUCAACAGAAUGGAAAUAUGGAUAAAAACUGUGCAGCAGAUGAUCCGUCGUUCGUAUCUGCCAUGGCAUCUCUGGGCAUGAAGAAUCCGCAGGAUAUAUGGAGCCUUAUGGAAAAUUCCAAAAUCUUUCUGGAGUCCUUGAAACUAUUUUUCACGAAAAGGGAAAAGGAGAUUGGAAACCUGACUUUUGACAAAGAUGAUCAGUUAGCUGUGGAAUUUGUUACUGCUGCUGCAAAUAUAAGGGCUUCUUCUUUUGGAAUCCCUUUGCAUAGCCUUUUUGAAGCUAAAGGUAUUGCCGGUAAUAUUGUCCAUGCUGUUGCAACAACAAAUGCUAUUAUUGCUGGGUUGAUUGUGAUAGAGGCAAUCAAGGUGCUGCAAAGUAAUACAGACAGUUAUAGGAUGACAUAUUGUCUAGAGCAUCCAACGAGGAAGAUGCUUCUGAUGCCAGUGGAACCAUUUGAACCUAACAAAUCUUGCUAUGUUUGUUCUGAGAGUCCACUAACACUCGAGAUCAAUACUCACCGUGCAAAGUUGCGAGACUUUGUUGAAAAGAUUGUUAAGGCCAAGCUUGGGAUGUACUUUCCACUUAUUAUGCAUGGGGCGGCACUUCUUUAUGAAGUUGGUGAUGAUCUUGAUGAGGACAUGGUAGCAAACUAUGCAGCAAACCUCGAGAAGGUGCUAUCUGAGCUUCCUUCUCCGAUUACUAGUGGGACUAUGGUCACAGUUGAGGAUCUAAAACAGGAACUUACUUGCAACAUCAAUAUUAAGCACAGAGAGGAAUUUGAUGAAGAAAAGGAACCUGAUGGAAUGCUUCUCUCUGGAUGGAAUCAAGCUUCUUCAGUGGAAAAGGAUGAUAGCAAGUCCAUUGGCAAUGGUGGGACGACAUCAAAUGCUUCACAAACAGUGCCAGUGGAGGCUGAAAAGGAUGAUGAGAUGAGCAAUGUUCAUUCUGGGAAGAAAAGGAAACUGUCCGAGGUUCCUGAGGCUGCUGCUCAAGAUUUUUCAGGUGUUUCUGAUAAAACUAGAAAAAACAAGAAAUUGGAAGUGGUUGAUGACGAUGACGACUUUGUCAUGCUGGAAGGGGAUCCGGGCAUCUACAAGAAAAAAAAGUUGUAAUAGUCCUUGCUUGGACUUAAUUGUGGAGGGAUCUUACAUCCCAAUUUUGUACCAUUUUAGGGAGGUAUGGUGAUUCUUUUGGUUCUCAUAAUGGUUGUUUUAGGUCUCAAUAUUUAGUCUUCUUAGGCCCUUGUAAGGUUUAAAAGUGUAGCAACAAUGUGUAUUCUUCGUAGCAAAAUUAACUGAGGUUAGUUGGCCUGUAGCAUCAUUGAUGGAGAUUGACCUGAAAUGAACUCGGUGAUUGACUUAAUGGCGAUAAUGUUGCAACUUUCUCACGAGCUAUUUGAAACA